UCCUCGGUCGGGAGAAAAGCGUCCCCCUCCCCCCGUGGACCCGAGUGACGGGCGGGGGGCGGGAAGGGUCGUUGCUUGCUUUCUUUUCUUUUUUUUUUUUUCAUUUAAAAAAAACUUGAACGUGUGGAGAAAGGGAAGAGACGAAAGUCCGAAGAAUUAGUGCCCUCGAGCAGAGUGGAAAGAAUUGGCGCUCAGGAAGGGGACAAGGAGGGGGCCGAGCGCACUCGCACCCCGAACCCGGGGCUCACGAUGGACGUGGCCGACCCGCAGCCGCUCGGGAUGUUCCCCGAGGGGGAGCUGAUGUCGGUGGGGAUGGACACCUUCAUCCACCGCAUAGACUCCACUGAGGUGAUCUACCAGCCCCGCCGCAAACGGGCCAAGCUCAUCGGGAAGUACCUGAUGGGGGACCUACUGGGGGAGGGCUCGUAUGGCAAGGUGAAAGAGGUGCUGGACUCCGAGACCCUGUGCCGCAGGGCCGUCAAGAUCCUGAAGAAGAAGAAGCUGCGGCGGAUCCCCAACGGGGAGGCAAACGUCAAGAAGGAGAUCCAGCUGCUCCGACGGCUACGGCACCGAAAUGUGAUCCGGCUGGUGGAUGUGCUGUACAAUGAGGAGAAGCAGAAGAUGUAUAUGGUGAUGGAGUACUGCGUAUGUGGCAUGCAGGAGAUGCUGGACAGUGUGCCUGAGAAGCGCUUCCCCGUGUGCCAGGCCCACGGGUACUUCUGCCAACUGGUGGAUGGUCUGGAGUACUUGCACAGCCAGGGCAUUGUCCAUAAGGACAUCAAGCCAGGCAACCUGCUGCUCACCACCAGUGGCACACUGAAGAUCUCAGACCUGGGUGUCGCUGAGGCCCUGCACCCAUUUGCUGUGGAUGACACCUGCCGAACAAGCCAGGGCUCCCCGGCCUUCCAGCCACCUGAGAUUGCCAAUGGCCUGGAUACCUUCUCUGGCUUUAAGGUGGACAUCUGGUCAGCUGGCGUCACACUGUACAACAUCACGACGGGGUUGUACCCGUUCGAAGGGGACAACAUCUACAAACUGUUUGAAAACAUCGGGAGAGGGGACUUCACCAUCCCCAGCGACUGUGGCCCACCACUCUCUGACCUGCUCCGAGGCAUGUUGGAGUACGAGCCAGCCAAGAGGUUCUCCAUCCGGCAGAUCAGGCAGCACAGCUGGUUCCGGAAGAAACACCCACUAGCUGAGGCACUGGUGCCCAUCCCACCCAGCCCAGACACCAAGGACCAGUGGCGCAGCAUGACUGUGGUGCCCUACCUAGAGGAUCUGCACGGCCGUGCUGAUGAAGAGGAGGAUGAGGACCUUUUUGAUAUUGAAGAUGGCAUAAUCUACACCCAGGACUUCACGGUGCCCGGUGGCGAGGAGGCAGCCGAGGCAGGGCUUAGCGAGGACAGAUGCGCGUGGAAGAGCCAGGGCGCAGGCCUUCCUGGAGAGAAGCCCGAGGAGGGGUUUGAGGCCUUAGUAUAGCCCGUGUACAUCCCCAGUCCCAUGCCCCCCAUAAAGUUUUGCCACUGUCUGCAGGUGGAUGCUUGGCUGUGGCUGCUCUCCCCUUGCCUGUCCUUGGGCCCCUGCCAAGGCCAGCUUCUCUCCUGAGUGUUGAGAAAGUAGUGUCCAGGGCUUUGAGGCCAGCUUUCAGGCACAGGAGUGACAAGUGGCCUGGUAGUGACUGGGGGCCCACAUCCCCACCCAAUCAGGCUAGCUCCCAGUCCCCCAAAACAGAUCUCAGUAUCCUCUGAGGUCCGCAGUACCUUGUGGUGAGCAUACCUGCUCCACUGCUGGCACUCCACAGGGCAGACCUGCACCUGAGGUCCACAGGCUUCUCCCAUAAAUGGGGAAGAAGAGUGCUGCCCACUUCACCCUACCAUCAGUCAGGCAGGUGGCCUGACCUGUGUCAGUGUCUGCACAUCAACACCUGACCAGGGCAGGGCCUCCAGUCAGGCUUCUCGUGCACAGGACUGGGUGUCUGCCUGGGUCCCUGAGCCCCUCAGGCCUGUUUUGGCGUGAAGACAGGCAUAGCCUGGAGGCCCCCGCACCCAGAAGCCCACUGUGACAUGGAACACUGCCCCCGAGGCUCAGCUGUGACUUCUACUGCUUGUAGCCUUGGUGGUGCUUGCCUGCCCCCACUUCCCAGGUUUAGGGUCUCUGGCUGUCUGUACCCAGUGCCUUGUGGGGGAAUGCGUGGGAGGUGGCAUGGGUCUACACCAUGAUGUCCACCCUGACCCUCAUACCUCAGUGUGAGGGGCAUCAAGAUGUGUUUCUACAGCUGGCAGCAGCUGUGUGGCACAGGUGGGUUUGUUUCACAGUCCCUUCUGGGAAGGAAGUAUCUGUGUUGUGUCCAAGAGCUCCGGGCUGGUGGGUGGCCUUUGCAGGGCUGUGGCCAUGCCUUGUACACUCAGUGCUCAUGUAGGUUUGAGCAAGGAAGGGGGUCUCUUGCCUGCUGAAGCUUCCAGAAACAUCUCCCACACCUGCUGGGAGAACAGGCAGCCUGGGCUUGCAGUUGUCCCCAGCCCAGGACUGGUGGCUCUCAAGCCAAGUUGGUCAGCUCUGGGGUCCCCGUGGUGGAUAGUUGUACCAGCUCUCCUGCAGGCAGACACGAAGCACACCUGAGCAGGCAAGCAUGGGCUGCAGACCAGACCCUGCAGAAGACACCUGGCCUGGCUGGACAGAGGAUCCUCUGUAGCCGCUUGGGGGUGGCACUUGAGGCUGGAGUCCCCUAACCCUAACCAGGGGCUCCUGCCUACCACUUCCUA